UCCCCCCCCCAUGCCGCCAUCUUCGGGAUUUUAACUGAGGCUACCUUGGUCGACGAUUCGCAACAAACACCUCACUCCUCGCCACGAUCACUGUGGUAGGAUAUCGUGAGUACUACAGCAACAACAACAACUACUGUGGUGUCACGGGUGUGGUGGUGGAGGCAGCAGCAGCGGCGGCGGCGGCAGCGGCUGCAAUUCGUCACAGGGCUGCUGUCGGGGCGGUGUUUGUAUCACGACCGCCCUCUCUGCCGUGGCACCUGCGCCACCGCUGACUCUGAUGCAACCCCGCAGCUGAGCGCCUGUGCAGAGACCCGGGUGCUGCCCGGAGCCAGGAGCAGGCGGGCGGGCGGUCCAAACCGGCCGUGCUGAGAGGCAGCGGGUGGGAGUUUGGUAACGCUGUCGAGCAACUCGCUGUGACGUCAUGGACCCAGACUACGAGCACCAACACCGGCUGCUGCGGCAGAUCAACCUGCAGAACACGGGCGUCGCGUCGCCCUGCAUGACCCCGACGUCGCACCGUACCCUCACCCCCAGCGGGUCCCCCUUCGCCUCCCCCAGCAAGAGCGGAGACCGCUUCAUCCCCACGCGCGCCGGUGCCAACUGGGGCAUCGGUUUUCACUCCACCUCGGAAGAAAACAACAAGUCCCCAGGACAGAACCGAAAAGCGAAGGACGCAAGUGCUGACAAUGGCAAAGACAGCCUGGCGUACCUGGCGCUGCUCAAGAACGAGCUGCUGGGCGCCGGCAUCGAGAAGGUGCAGGACCCGCAGAGCGAGGAUCGGCGCCUGCAGAGUUCCACACCCAUGAAGCGCAACCUCUUCCACUACUCGAUCAGCACCAAGCGCUCCAGCCCCGACGAGGACCACGACAUCUCCCCCUACUCGCUGUCGCCCGUCAGCAACAAGAGCCAAAAGUUAUUGCGAUCGCCACGCAAGCCCACGCGCAAAAUCUCCAAGAUCCCCUUCAAGGUACUGGACGCCCCGGAGCUGCAAGACGACUUCUAUCUGAACCUGGUGGACUGGUCGUCGCUCAACGUGCUAAGCGUCGGGCUGGGCACCUGCGUCUACCUGUGGAGCGCUUGCACCAGCCAGGUGACGAGGCUGUGUGACCUUUCGGUGGACGGGGAUUCGGUGACAUCUGUGAGCUGGUCAGAGCGGGGAAACCACGUGGCCGUUGGGACCCACAAGGGACUCGUGCAGAUCUGGGACGCGGCCGCCGGCAAGAAGAUCAACACUCUGGAGGGGCACACGGCCCGCGUUGGAGCGCUGGCGUGGAACGCAGACCAGCUGUCUUCGGGCAGCCGCGACCGCAUGAUCGUGCAACGCGACGUGCGGGCGCCGCCCGUCACCACGGAGCGCCGGCUGCAGGGCCACCGGCAGGAGGUGUGCGGCCUGAAGUGGUCGCCCGACCACCAGCACCUGGCAUCCGGGGGGAAUGACAACAAGCUGUUUGUGUGGAACGGCUCGAGCCUGAGCCCGGUGCAGCAGUACACGGAGCACCUGGCGGCCGUGAAGGCCAUCGCCUGGUCCCCGCACCAGCACGGCCUGCUGGCUUCGGGCGGCGGCACGGCCGACCGCUGCAUCCGCUUCUGGAACACGCUGACGGGGCAGCCGCUGCAGUACGUGGACACGGGCUCGCAGGUGUGCAACCUCGCCUGGUCCAAGCACGCCAACGAGCUGGUCAGCACCCACGGGUACUCGCAGAACCAGAUCCUCGUGUGGAAGUACCCGUCGCUCACACAGGUCGCCAAGCUCACGGGGCACUCCUACCGCGUACUCUACCUGGCAAUGUCACCGGACGGCGAGGCGAUCGUGACGGGAGCUGGAGACGAGACGCUCCGCUUCUGGAACGUCUUCAGCAAGACGCGCUCCACCAAGGAAUCCAAGUCGGUGUUGAACCUGUUCACCAGGAUACGAUAAGCCCACGCGGGGGACGACGACAGCUGUCAUGGUCACACUCUUGGUGUGUGGCAGCACUUAAAAGACCUGGCACCAAGCACCUCACACAGUCACGGAAGUGCUGGCUGGUGGGGAAAAUCGCCACGUGUCUCGAGUCUCGAUUAACCACACCGCCGGCUGUGAAGAUGCCGGUGCGGCAUUACCGGCGCCUCCCGCAAUACCAGACGUGUACUACCGGCACUUUCCGUUAAGGUUCCUAUUACUGCCCCGUUGGUGUCCCCCGCAGAGGUGGAAGAUGCCCGUGAAAGACGGCUGCGCACAAGACGGGGAUAGGGUUUCAUACCUGGACUUGUACAUUCACAUUUCCAUCACUGGCCGCUGUACAUUUACCGACCGUUACGAUCGUAACAUAGGAAUAGUGUUAACGAUAAAGCAAAAGUGUUGUGUGUGUGUAGUGGUGCAUGCCUGUGUGUGUAUGUUGGAGAGGGGGGUGGCGAGUGUGGUGAUGGUGAAUGAGGGGACCCCCCUUGCCCCUCCCCCUGAGCAACCCCUGUAUGUUUGGCCCAUGUCGUGGAGGGCGUGAGAAGCGGACCCACAUAAAAGAUUCAUUAAACCAAGGUCGCUGU